AUGAUUGUGGGGUUGACACUUUAUUUUGUAUUAUUCCGUUCAAUACAGUAUUUACUGGUUUUUUUGACUCCAAUUAGGCAGUUUGAUACAUCAACAUCACUUUUAUUAAACGAAUUAUGUUCUUCUCCCUCUGAAAUCAACAGUUAUUGGAACAAGUAUUUUUGGAAUAAGCUACUAUCAUGGGACAGUGUUUUUUUUAUCAAGAACAUAACUUCCAAAAACGGAAAACCUCAAUUUGAGCAUGAAUACGCGUUUUCUCAGUUGUGGACUUUUUUCGUUAGGCUGUUUAUUAAAAGUAAUAACGAUAGCAUCUACCAUGCCUUAAGGGUUGGAGUUGCAAUAGAAAAUGUUUUAUUUUACUUGUCAGGUAUUGUUUUAUAUUUUCUAACAAAAAAAAUUUUCAGCCAAAAUAUAAGGCAAUCACAGUUUGCUAGAACUAUCGCUAAAAAAACAUCUCUGUUGUUUUUCUUAACGAGUGCCGCUGGAUUUUUAACAAGCAUAUAUUCUGAACCAUUAUCUUUUUUUUUUGCAUUUGUUGGUAUUUGGAGUCGUGAAUGCUCCAUUUCCGUGCCCGUAUUGGGUCAAUUCGAUAUUUCGUGGAGAUAUUGGUUUCCUUACUCCUUUAUCAGCAUGGCUUGCUUUACCUUAGCAUCCUUGAAUCGUUCAAACUGUGUUUUGUUAGGGAUUUACUUUAUUUUUGACCUUAUUGAACUAACAAAGAACAGGAAGUUUGUAAAAGCAAUAUGUUUCCCACUAUUAUCAGGAUCAUUAAUGUUUUCUGCUCUACUAUAUCAACAAUAUUACCUACCAUAUAAGACAUUUUGUCCUCAAAGGGGUGAAUGGUGUAAAUCUCAAUUGUUUUCAAGCAUUUUUAUCACGAAAACUUCUUUAUAUUCCUACAUUCAGAGUCAUUAUUGGGGAGUUGGGUUAUUGAAAUACUGGACCCCAAACAACAUCCCAAACUUUUUGUUUGCUGUCCCAAAUAUUAUUAUUUUAAUCUAUUCCUCCAUAUAUUUCAGCAAAAUUUAUCCCUCCUAUAACUUGAAGGCUCUCGUAUGGAUCACCAGAGCACUGGUCGUCAUAGUAUGCUUUUUUGCCCAUGUCCAAAUUCUGAAUCGUAUAGCCUCCUUUUUACCCUUGCACCUUUGGUAUUUGGCUGAUAGAUUGGUUAAAACUUCUGAUCCAAAAAAAAUGGAAAAUCCGAAAGGUGACGAUAAGAUAGUCAAGUUUUACAUAUACUGGUUGGCAUUCUGGAUACCUUUACAGACUAUCCUAUUUGCAGCUUUUUUACCACCAGCCUGA